AUGCUACAAGAUACCGGUUAUAAUUCGAUGACAUCGGAUACUCAAAAUAGUCAUUUAUCGGAUAAAGAGAAUAAAAAAUCAAUUAUCAAAAAUCAGAAUAAACAAAUGAUAAAUGAUACGAAGAAAGUGAAACAAGAACGUACAAAAUUUACCGAUAUUCAAAAAUGGACAUUAAAUCAAUUUUAUCUUAAUCAAAAUCGUUAUCCUAGUAUACAUGAAAUUGAACGUCUAGGUACACAAUUAAAUUUAUCUGAUGCUAAAAUUCGUGUAUGGUUUCAAAAUAAACGUGUUCGACACAGGCCAGACAAGAAACAACUAACUGAUAGUAGUCGAUUUACCAUCACAACAUCACAACAACAAUCUCAAACGCUAUCAUUUAUGCUUUCGUCUCUAGUCUCUCCGUUAUCACCAUCAGUUCAUUUAAGUAUAAAACAAUUUUAUGAACAACAUCAAUUACAUUUUUAA